GGUUCAGCUACUUUGUGUGGCUUUAGUCGGGAGGCUGCUGUCUGUCCUGUGUGUAUGACUGCCCGGUUUCGGUGCGUGAAAACCGGCUUUACUUUGCCGCUGCGUGGAAGUGUACAGGGAAAUCCGGUGAGCGAGGAGUAUUCGAGGGAGACGACACCGGUUCACGCACUGUGGAUACCGACACUGGGUGGUGGCAGCUGUCAGGAUGAUCCCGGAGGAGAAUUACGGACUCCUAGACCAACGGUGUCGCACUCCGAGGACUGUUAGAAGGCAGCAGGAAGGUGAUGAGAAGGUUCAGGAACGUCCAGGUCUCUUGGGGGAGCCCAACAUCCCCAUCCAGACCCAGCCUUUCACCAACAAAUACCGAAUUUCGCCGGGGCAUGAGCUGGGCAGGGGAAAGUUUGCCGUUGUCAGAAAAUGCGUGGAAAAAGAAACGGAUAAGGAGUAUGCAGCAAAGAUCAUGAGAAAAAGACGGAAAGGCGAAGACUGCCGAAUGGAAAUCCUUCACGAGAUUGCGGUUUUGGAGCUGGCCAAGGAAAGCCCGUGGGUCAUCAAACUGCAUGAAGUCUAUGAAACUGCUUCUGAAAUGAUUCUGGUGUUGGAAUUUGCUGCCGGUGGGGAGAUCUUCAACCAGUGUGUGGCUGAAAGGGAAGAGGCCUUCAAAGAGAAGGAUGUCCAGAGGCUUAUGAGGCAGAUCUUAAAAGGAGUUUCCUUUUUACAUCGGCACAAUGUCGUACAUCUUGACCUAAAGCCUCAAAACAUUCUGCUGACAAGCAGCUGUCCACUGGGUGACAUAAAGAUCGUUGACUUUGGCCUCUCCAGAGUAGUGAAUAAUAACAAGGAAUUGAGAGAAAUUAUGGGAACCCCAGAAUAUGUGGCUCCUGAAAUUCUUAGUUAUGAGCCAAUCUGUACCGCAACAGACAUGUGGAGUAUUGGUGUCUUGGCUUAUGUAAUGCUCACGGGGACCUCCCCCUUCUUAGGAGAUGAUAAGCAACAGACGUUCCUAAAUAUUUCUCAGCUCAACAUCAGUUACAUGGAUGGUGAAUUUGAUGGAAUAUCAGAGACUGCAAUUGAUUUCAUCAAAUCUCUUCUUGUCCGUGAGCCUGAAGGUCGAUCCACAGCAGAUGACUGUCUUCAACAUCCAUGGUUAGCCCAAGGUGACCUUCCAGAUCCAUAUGCCAGUGCCAUGAAUACAGUACCAGAAAACAAGCCACAAAACAUCCCACCUGAACAACAACAAGAGGAGGAGGAGGAAGAGGAGGAGGAACAAAUUCUAACAGAAACCCCUUCAGAAAUCUGCCCUAUCCAGCCAGAGAUAGAAGGACAGACUGUGACAGAGGAGCUCAUAGUUAUGGCCUCCUACACAUUAGGACAGUGUAGACAAACUGAAAUGGAGAAACAGACUGAAACUAAGGCCAUCACCAAACGCUUUAAGUUUGAGGAGCCUAUAUUGCAAGAGCUACCUGGAGAAUGUAUCUACUAAACUUGGGCACUUAAAAUGUGGUGGCUAGGUUGGCGGUUUGAAGGUUUUGUUUUUUUCACUUCUUUUAUGGAGUCGUUGAGUCUCGUGAUAAAGCAGGAGUGACAUUUAGUAAUCCUUGAUAAAAGCAAGCAACUAAAUGACUUGGCAGUAUGAAUGCAAUGCAGGCAUGCCAUGUUAAUCUCCCUGCAGAGCUAGAUCUGUGUGUACUUUAACCUUGGAUGUCUCUUGUUUGUUUUGGUAAGGUGCCUGACCACCAUCAUACUAUGGCCAAGCAUUUGUGGGUUAUUGGAGAUGACUCCUGAGAAGGAGACUUUCAAAUAUUUAAACUGACAUUUCCAUUACCAGAAGCAGCAUUCAAUAAUAUUGAAUUUUCAUAUGCAAGGGAAAUGGGUAUGGUUUAAAGAGACUGAAUAAAGUGUUUCAAGUGUAUGUUUGUGCCAAUCCACAGGACUUCAGUGACAAAGGGCCCUGUAAUCCUCAGUCUUGUUAAAAGAACACACAGCUGCAAUCAUGGCGUUUUAAUGUGGUCAGUGGCAAUUGGUAAACAGAAGCUGAAAAACAAAUGUGCAGGGCUCCACCAUGCGUCUACAUUCACUGGUCUAUCUUUUAUAAAGAAUUGCACCUAAAAUGCCUGUUUAGAACGUGCCAAAAAAGUGGCCAGUGACCAUUGAAUUCUCCAUUAUUAAAUGCAUGGUUGUUGAUUUUCAAACAUGGUGCAGCGGUCUACUCAGAUUUCCUUCAAUUCUAAAUAGACUGAAUAUUCUUUUAGACCUUGAAGUACACUGUAUUUCCAACAGCUUAGGUGGGGUUCAGUUGUACAAGUAGUUUUUUGGGUGUUCAGCUUUUGAGAUCUUGAAUCGAGCAACAUGCGGUUAUGUUCCUUUCUGUUCUUGGAAACCCAAACAGGGUGUGCUAGUUCUAAUUUCACUUUGUCUUAAAAUGUGCGUGUACCACAAAAUAAUAGUACUGAGCAGCCAGUUUGAAACUGCAUGAAAAAUAAAAACAA